CAAUGGUAAACUUUACCUUUUUUUACACAUUCUCAAUUGAUCGUGUAGAGAUUUGUUUUUGGAUGCGCGCCAUUUUUGAAGUAAAAUUUUGCGAGCAAGUUUUUUUUUAUGGCGAGCAGUUAUAACAAAAUAUCUUGGAUGAUGCUGUUUCACGGUUCCGGUUACAGGCAGGCUCUUGAAAAGACUUCCGGUAGACGGCACUUCCCUCGGAUAUGGCACAGAAAAACGAGCCUUCGGAAAUGUACUAUGUCCUUAAGUCUACAUGGAGGACGAUCUCGCGAAGGAUCCUGUUCUACUGGCGAGUGUCUGUCACUGCUGUACGUACCCAGGCAACCUGAAAAGUGGCUGCCCGAUCCACCAAGACAGAAACCAAUUUGGAUCCUGAACCAUUUGCAGCAGGUCGGAGCUGUGCUGAAUAAAGAACGGGAUCGAAGUGCAAGCAUUAAUAAAAUGGUUAAAAAUGAAAAGUGAGAAAAAUUUGUUAAACGAAAAAAAAGUUGUGAAAAUUUUUAUAACAUCAAUAUUAUGUAUUA